GAGUAGGGAAGGGAACCUUUCCCUGAACGGAAAGCCAGAGUCGGAAGAACCGUAUGGGUCGCCUGCGUGGGCCUAAAAUAUGCUUUUAGACUGUGACGAGAGAGCCUGCAGUGCAGCUGUCCUUACAUAAUUUGCAUUUUACGUGUGCUUUACAAAGUGUGGGCUCCGGCAUUCGCCGUAGCAAUCGGCUGGUGAACCGCUUCCGGCAGCAGCGUGUGACUCAACCUCAGGCCUCUCACUGGCUCUGCUCCCGCAGGCGCGAGAGGCGCUGGCAAGAUCACCGCUUCCGGUCCUCGCUGCCGCCCAAUGGCGUAGAGCGCAUCCGUGACGUCAUCAGGACUGCGCCUCCUCGCGGUUCCGGCCUGGGGAGAUCGAGAGGCGCGACAUGAAGCUGCUCACCCACAACCUCCUCAGCUCGCACGUGCGCGGGGUGGGGACGCGCGGCUUCCCCCUGCGUCUCCAGGCCACCGAGGUCCGCGUCAAUCCCGUGGAGUUCAACCCGGAGUUCGUGGCGCGGAUGAUACCCAAAGUCGAGUGGGCGGCGCUCGUGGAGGCGGCUAAUACCCUGCACCUGGCUGAGAUCCCCACAGAGCCGGCUGAGGGAUACGAGCACGAUGAAGCGUUUCUGAGGAAGAUGCACCACGUACUCCUGGAGGUGGAUGUGCUGGAGGGCACCCUGCAGUGCCCAGAAUCUGGUCGUCUGUUCCCUAUCACCCGAGGCAUCCCCAACAUGCUGCUAAAUGAGGAGGAAACGGAGACUUAAUCGUGCUAGCCACCACUUGCAUUGUGUGACCCAUGCAUUUCUCUUGUGUAUCUUGUGUGCUAAUUUUUCUGUGUAACCCCUCCCUCCCCCAGCCUCUACCCAUGGACGCACUGAGCACAGCGUUCUUGAGCUCCAUAGUAUAUUUUUUUUUUCUCAUUAAAGGUUCAAAACCAAAAGCGGUUUCUCUUUGCA